AUUCAUCGUUUAUUCAAACAAACGCCAAAUUCUAUUACCAUUAAGAAUGACGAUGAUUUAUGUUUAUUUUUGAGUGAACUGGAUAAUGAAAAGAACACGAAACAUGAAUUAAUAAAAUAUGUACUAAAACAAGAGCCAAUGGAACAAGAUGAGAGUAGCGAAUAUUAUCCAAAAGCAAAUCUCCUAUGUAACAAAUUUCGUUAUUAUUUUCUUAAUUCCGAUGAUAUUAAUCCUAUGAAUUAUAUUAAUUCAAUCUUAACAUCAUUUGUUAAACAAUCGCCGUCAAAUUUUGAAGGAGCAUUGGACUAUUUAGCUCGUCUUCAAGAACAAACGUCAACUAAUUCAAAAAUUCUUGAUGGUGCCAUACGUUAUUUAAAUUAUUUUAUUGAUAUUGAUCGAUUGUACAAUAUUGCACUAGGUACAUAUAAUUUUAAUCUUGUUUUGAUGAUAAGUGAAAAAACACAAAAAGAUCCAAAAGAAUAUUUACAAUAUCUGAAUGAAUUAAAACAAAUUCAGUCUGAGUCAUGGAGACGAUUUAGAAUUGAUUGCCAUUUGAAACGUUUUAAAAAAGCAAUUGAAAAUGGUUGUGACCAUUUUGUUUCUAUAACAGACGAAGAAAAUGAUAAAUUUCAAGAAUUUCUAUCGAUUUUGGAGAAAAAUCGUUUAUAUAAAGUAGCAAUAAGAAGAUUUUUGACGAAUAAAGAUAUAGUAUUAACAUCAAUUUAUGUUAAUGAAGUGAUAAAAUUAUAUGGUAAUUAUUUGAUGACAAAAAAAUAUUAUAUUGAAGCUGGACUGGUGUUUGAACGAGGAAAUUUGACGAAACAAGCACUGAAUGCAUACGAACAAGGAAAAGAUACAGAAAAUUAUUUGAAAUUAGUUGAAAGAAUGAAACACGAACAUAACAGUAGUGAACCUAGUGAUCAACUACAGAACAUCUCACCGAUAAUUAUUGUCCAGCAACAACAACAUUAUCGUUCAAUGGCAGAAACUUUAUGUAAUGAUUCGUCAUAUCUUGAUUCUGGUCGUAUAUAUGAAUAUUAUAUUGGUGACUAUGAAGAAGCAUUUUUGUCGUAUUUAAAGGGUCACGAAUGGUCUCAUGUAUUACGUCUAUUUGAAGUAGAACAAUUACGAAAACGUCAAGAUUUGUAUGAUAAUGAAUUUCUCACAACAUUUGUCGAUUAUUAUGAACAAAUAUUAAGACAAAUUAAAAAUGAUCAAGAAAAAUUUUUUCUAUAUUUUAAACGUUUGUUAACUAUUCGAGAAAAUCUUUUUCAACAUAUAAAACAAUUGUUAGAUAAUGGAAAAGAUUUUGAUAUAGAUGAUGAUGAUGAAAAUGAGGAUGAACGUGAAGAUGAUAUGAAUAUUGAUCGAAGAACAGUAAAUAAAGAUGAAACAGGUUCAAUUCGUACACGUUUAUCAAAAAAAUCAACAGCAUCAACAAGUAAAAAAUCACAACGUCGUUUAAAUCAACAGGAACAAAAAUUAGUAACGUUGAAAGAAAAUUCAAAACAUGAAGAUUUGGCUCUAAUUAAAGAAUUGUGGUUAUUAUCUACAAGAGUUGAUCAAUUAAAUAAAGAUAUUAAACAUGUAUGUAAAACAUUGUAUCAAAUAACAACAAAGAAGAAGAUUUUAGAUUAUGAAUUAAAAGCUGAACAUUUACAAAUAAAUUAUGAAAAAUCGAUGAACGGUAUUGAAAAAUGUUUAUCGAAAAUAUGGUUGAAUGAACAGACAAACACAAGUACAUUGACUAAAGUAGAUAAUAUGAAUGUUCAAACAAACUUAAUACAAAAGAAAAUUAAAGAAAAAUUAAAAAAAGAUCUUGAUUUAUUAUCAAAUCAAUAUCGGAUACUACCGACUGUGACAAAAGCAACAGUAUGGAAACUCAUAUGUUUAGAAAUGGAUGUUUAA